AACAACAACAACAUCCACCAUUGUCAAUAUCAUCAUCUUGUUCAUCUUCAUUAUCAUCAUCAUCAUCAUCAUCGACAUCAUCUACAACAAACAAUAUCAGCAAUGGCAAUAAUGUUAAUUUUAUCGAAAUUAACCAAUACAAUAAUAACAAUAGGACAAUGAAUGAUACAUCAUUAAUGAUCAAGAAUCAAACACCUACAUACGUAUCAGUUGGGCCAAAUUCUAAUCAAACAUUAUCUCCAACAGUUAUUCCGCCGCCACCACCGCCAUUACCACCGCUUGUUCCACCUCAUCUAAAAAUUCCACCAAAGCCAAAGAUAUCCGCUAAACCGGAAUCAUUGUCAAAUAGUAUGAAUAAUACGGUUCCGCCAUUUUAUCACAGUAAAAUGACACAAUCAAAUCCAAAUCUAAGUAAUCUAUGUAACAACAAUAAUACCAACAAUAAUAAUCGACCUCCAUCAACAAAUCUUUUUGGUGAAAUGGCACAAAAAUUAGCUAAACGACGAGCAAAAAUUGAAGAAAAUGAACAAUCAAAUGUAGAUAAUGGUACUAAAUCUAGUGAUUUGCCUGUCGAUCAACAGCCUAAAGCAACAUCGCCGGUCAAAUGUUAUAAUCCAAUCAAUUCGACUAUACGUCGAUUGAAUUCAAUCAGUAAUGGUUCAUCUGUGCCUAAUCAAAAUGAUAAUGUUAAUGGUCGUCAAAAUGGCAAAAGUUCAACAUUGAAUACUAAUCUAAGAAUGAAUUCCCAAUCAUUGAUCAAUAUUGCCAAUGGCGUUCGUACAAAUGGCCAUCAUUCUCGUGCACAAUCACCGGCGCCACCCCCAUUACCUCCAUCAUUGACUGUUCAAAAUACGGUUUCAAAUCCUAUUGGAUCAUCAUCAAGUGAUCGGCUUAAAGAGGAAAUAAUGCAAGAAUUUCGACAAGAAUUAAUACAAUUUAAACAGGAUUUACUUAAUGCAAUUCGAACGGAAAUUUUUAACACUUUGAACGGUGAUAAUCAACGUACAUAACAAUGCUGACCAUAUAUAUU